GAGCCCGAGGGGGCGGGGAGCGGGCGGGCGUGCGCGCGCCGGGCGUGGGCGUGGGAGGGGUAACUAGCGCGGGCGCCGCGGGAGCGCCCGCAGAGGGACGCCGCUACCCUGGACAGCGCAGCGCUGGCCGCCGGGUCGCCGCGGAUCAUGGAGCAUCUAAAGGCCUUUGAUGAUGAAAUCAAUGCUUUUUUGGACAAUAUGUUUGGACCUCGAGAUGCUCGAGUCAGAGGGUGGCUCAUGUUGGACUCUUACCUUCCUACCUUUUUUCUUACUGUCAUAUAUUUGCUUUCAAUAUGGCUGGGUAACAAAUACAUGAAGAACAGACCUGCACUUUCUCUCAGGGGUAUUCUCACCUUGUAUAAUCUCGCGAUCACACUACUCUCCGCUUAUAUGCUGGCAGAGCUCAUUCUCUCCAGUUGGGAAGGAGGAUACAAUUUACAGUGUCAAGAUCUUGCCAGUGCAGGGGAAGCUGAUGUCCGGGUAGCCAAGGUGUUAUGGUGGUACUACUUCUCCAAAUCAGUAGAGUUCCUCGACACGAUUUUCUUUGUUUUGCGGAAAAAAACGAGUCAGAUUACUUUUCUUCAUGUGUAUCAUCAUGCCUCUAUGUUUAACAUCUGGUGGUGUGUUCUGAACUGGAUACCUUGUGGACAAAGUUUCUUUGGACCAACACUGAACAGUUUUAUCCACAUUCUUAUGUACUCCUACUACGGACUUUCUGUGUUUCCGUCUAUGCACAAGUAUCUUUGGUGGAAGAAAUAUCUCACACAGGCACAACUGGUGCAGUUCGUGCUCACCAUCACGCACACCAUGAGUGCCGUCGUGAAACCGUGUGGCUUCCCCUUCGGCUGUCUCAUCUUCCAGUCGUCUUACAUGCUGACGUUAGUCAUCCUAUUCUUAAAUUUUUACAUUCAGACAUACCGAAAAAAGCCUAUGAAGAAAGAUAUGCAAGAGCCACUUGCAGCAAAGGAAGUGAAGAAUGGUUUUUCCAAAGCCUACUUCACUGCAGCCAAUGGAGUGAUCAACAAGAAAGCACAAUAAAAGUAGAGUAACUUAAAGCAUAUAUACUAGCCUAACAGAUUCGCUUGUUUUAAAGCAAAGACUGAAUUGAAAGUUAUAUAUGUUUUAGCAUAAACUAAUUUCUUUUAAGUUUAUAAAUCAUUUGUACCUGGAAUAUAUUAAUAUAUUGCUAUUAGGUUAAUCUGUUAACUGAAUGCUUUGAUCAGCAUUGAGGUCAUGCUGACCUCUGAAGACCUCAGAACUGGUGCGACUUCUCCCCCCUCCCUCCCUCCACACAGACUAACCCCUCACCAGAAACUGUCUUGUAACGCCUUAUACACGUACAAAGCCAGGAAACACGGAGCACUGUUUUUCACUAAAGUCUUCAAAUAAAAAGAGUUUUUGUUCAUAUUAAAAUGUUCAUAUACAAACUGUUUAUAUUAAAUACAGGGUAUUUUCUAAUCUGUAUUAAGCAAUAAUUCCCAGUACAUAAUCAGUCCAUUUGUUUCUUUAGGAAUCAACCCCAGAAAAUAUUGAAAUGGGAUCAUACAUGGAAGAUAGAAAAAUCCAUCAAACUUCUCUCUUGCUAAGCCAGGGUCUUCUCUCUCAAAUUCCCACAACUCCUCCUCAUUCUGAACUUAGUGAUAAUAUUUUGGAGCUUAGUUAUUCUAAGAAGAAAAUUCAUUUGCCAGAUUUUCAUAAUUCAGGGGUUUGGGAUAGAAACAUGUUCCUCAGUUUCCUUAAUUAACGUAUUUGUGUCUAUCUUCCAAGUUAGCCAGCCUAGGUUAAGAAAGUCGCCAGGCUCUGUACUAAAAGCAGUAUCUGAACCUGGCUGCCCCUUUCCUUUCUGAACAAGGACCGGAGUCCAACCUGACCUCUUCUUUCGAACACAUAUGCCACUGGAAGUUUAUAAAUCAGAACUAAUAGCAAGGGGGGGGCACAAUAGACAUUAGUCAUAUAUUUUUUGUGAUCCUAUUUGUAAAUAUUAUCCCGAAUACCUGCUAUCACUCUUUGCAGGUUAAGUUUUUGAAAAUAGGAAGACAAAGAUAGUUUGGAAAGAUUCCAGCACUGAGCCAUGAGCUAAGUAAUGAGCCACAAUGAAAAAUGCCAGCACAGAAAAACGUGCUGGCAAACUCAGCACAUCCUAUCCCUGCUCAGAUGUAUGAUCUCUACCGAGAAUCAAGCACAAAAGCAGACAAAUUCAAAAGCAUUAAUGAAUAUUUCCUUUCUCCCAAAGUGUUGGGCUUUUACUAGUAAAUUGUACCAAGAAUGGGAACAAAGAAUUUUCUAAAGAUUUGAUGAAGAUUAAUUUAUACCCUAUAAAACAAGACUUGUAACUUUGCCACUUUAUCUUCUUCCCUACCUUAUUUUUUUUAAAUAAGUUUGUAGAGCCUAACACUGACAUCAAAUGUAUAAGCACUUACCAGAAAGGCAUUUUCACCACUGACCCAACUCAUUACUGUCUAGAGUGCCUUUCUAUCCCUUUUUUGCUUUUUUUCCCCAAGCUCUUGUUUUAAAAUGAUUUUUCCUGUUAAAAAAUUUUUUUUACUGACCUAACUUUUCACGUGAACUACCCCUUCUCAGGAUUCUGGCAUAUAUUUUAAAGGUGACUAACGUAUAGUUUUCAGGGAGAUGCACUGUACCCUGGAUCAUUCCCUCUGUACCAGUUGAUCCACUUCAGUUGAAUAGACAUCUUCCUGUCUGAUGCCCACUUAACUCUUCCAUUCAUUCCUCUAAACCAUUUCCGAAAACUAACUUGCUCUAGGGUGCUUAAUCACCACUUCCAUCUCGAAUCACCUUACAACUGUAUUCAAUGUAUUGUUCUCUCCUGGCAAUCCAUUUGAAAACAAGGGCUAUCUUCGUAUGACUGCUCUUGCUCCUCUAUGACAAAACACAACUGAGACUAAGGAGAAAGCCCUUUGGAGAAGCUGGACUCUAGUUCAGUUUUAGGUCUCAAACAUGGGCUAAAAAUCUAUUACCAAAGUACAUUCCAGGUAAAAAUGAGACUUAGAAGACAGACAUCACUGGCCCUUGUAUUCAGCUUUUUCUUAAUUGCUAGUGAAGCACUAAAGCCUCACUGCACAUCAUUCCUGCACAGCAAGGAGGGCGCGUCCUUGAGCAGACUGACGACUAAAGUCGAGCAGCUGUAAGUACAAAGCAGGUGAAACCUGUCAGAUCAAAGUGGAGGGAAAAUGUGGGUAGUUUACACUUCCAAGCUAAUGCCAGAAUUUCAGAGGUUUCAUUCGGGAUGCUUAUUUCUAAUUUGGUCUUUAAUUCUAGUGAGGCUUAAUAAAACUCUUAUAGCCUUAAACCAUUCAAGGGCUGAUACAAAAUACACAGAGCUAUAAAAUCUUAGCCACAAAAAUUGAAUAAGGUAAAUAUUUUAACCUGUCAUUAAGUGUUAUAACUUUAAAAAACCAAAAUAUUUACUUUGAAUGUGACUUUUCUAAAACAACUAUGAAAAAUUGUAAUAUUACUAUAAUUUAUUAAAGUGGAAAAAUGUUUCCUCCAAUUUCCUCUUACUCAUGGGAAUGAAAACAUUCAAAUGAAUGCUAUAAAGUAUAUCUGUUAAUUUCCCUAAUUUUUUAAACAAAAUGGAAGGUUUAGGGAAUAAAAUUAAAUAUAGAAAUUUACAACCCAUCAAAAUUAUAUAUUGAAUUAUUUAGGCAUCUUAAAGGAUGAAGUCCUCUCCCCCUCUAUCAAAAUAUCAGAGAAGUAUUUUUUUAUUUUCAGGCAAAGUGGUAUUACUGUCAUGGGCAGAAUAGCAUUUUAUAUGUAAGAGUCCAUUUUAGUUUUUUUCCUGUGUUUCUAUAUCGUUUUAUGAAUGUUUCUGGGGGCUUCCUUAUUUGGAAGAUGAGGAUCCACUUUGUCUUCCUUUGGAAGUACUUGUAUCUUAAGGACAUACUAUCAUGAUUGGGUGGACAGGGAGGCUGGAGAAGCCAUUUUUCUUUGUAGAUAAAAAGCAUUCUGUAUGAUUGUUGUACAAUAAAUUGAUUUUUACACUAAA